CAAUAUCCAAAGAAAUGGCAAAACGGAUUAGGAUUAAUUGGAAGCAAGAAGGUGUUGAAAAAACCUUUCUUGAAGCAUGUGUUCAUGAAAUAACCGUUAAUGGACGUGAAGGAAGCAGUCUUAAACAAGCAUCAUGGAAAACUGUUGCUGAAAAUUUGAAAACACAACAUAAUUUCAUAGUGGAACAACGUCAAAUGAAGAAUCACUAUGAUUUUCUAAAAGGAAAAUUUGCAGCUUGGUUAAAGCUUAAAAACAAAACCAGGAAUGUCUAUGAUCCAGUUACAAACAGUUUUAACUUGUCAGAAGAAGAGUGGCAAAUUGAGAUGAAGUCUAACAAGUAUGUAGAAGCUUUGAGAAGUGUGCCACUUGCUUUCCCCGAGCUUUGUUGUCAAUUGUAUGAGGGGUCUACUUCAAAUGGGUUUGAUAGUUGGGGGCCAAGUUCUACGCUUCCUCAUCCUUCUGAGGAAGGGAAUGAGCACAAUUUGGAUGGUAUGGAUGUCGAAUGCACUCAAGUGGAUUCCCCAGGUAAAGGUGUUAGUGAGGAGUCAAGUAUUCGGUCCCAAAAAAAAAAAAAGAAAAAGGAGAGAAACGAACACAUAAGGCAACAUUAGAGUCAAAGCUUAUAGAAGUUGGUGAAGAUAUUAGCAAGUUGGCAAAGAUGAUGAUUGAGAAACACACACUUUCUGAUGAUAUGG